AUCUGACCCAAUCCCCAUCCGCUCUCCCCUUGACGAACCUCUGACUGGUGGUCAACGGCCCGUCGUGUCGGGGGCCCUACGGCUCAAGCUUCCGGGUUGGGCUCGCGACGGCGCCCACGAGCUGGAUGCCUUCCUGCCUCGACCGUCGUAAGUCGACUUGACUGCUAUCGCGCCCUCCCUCUCCCUCCAGUGGGCGGUCGCGGUUUCUUCGCAAGUUAGCAGAGGAUCAGACCUCUGACUAGGUGGGAGGCAUCCCGAGAUCGGCGGUGGCAGUGUCCUGGCUCUGGCGACGACUCCCUGGGAUCACGACGUGUCUGUCGUCCGAGUCCUUUUUUUAACCCAUGGUCCGCGGGCCCACCCAGGGAAAGGAAAGGGCGGAAGGAGGGCGCGCUCCUCACGUUGGGACGGAGCACGGCCUCGGAUAGGAACCUAGCCUGUCGGUCCUGCGAACCCAGGUACUGGGACUGGUACCCAGGAGGGGAUUUAACUAUGGUUCUGACAUGGCCGUACGGAGGGCAACUCCGUGCUUAAAUCCUGGCCUGCAGUCGCCGGCUCAGUCCUACUUUGUGACGCUGCCCGCUGGCAAACCGGCAGACGGCCUGGCUAUCCUUCGCAUACCGCAAAGCCGUGGUUCGCGGAUGAUCAUCACGGCAACCUCAGCGCCUACGGGCCUGGAGGGCUUCCGGUUUGGUUGGGUUGGGCUCCCCAGCAGUGACGGAUGGAUGACUGGCGAUGACUGGCGGUUGACGGGAUCUGAAAGUCAACGAGCAGCAGGGUCAACGGCCUGAUUGGACGUCCGGGGAGGAUCUUAUUGCUAUUCUUAUUCUCUUCACCGAUGACCGAUGAGAACGAGGAUGGCGUCCGUGCUGCUCCCCUGAGACGAUCCAUUCGUUUUGCUCGGAGGCGCAUUCCCGCCAGUAGGGUGCCGACGCCAUACACAGUAUCUCCGGAAGGCAAUCAAUCAUGUCAUACCCAUACGUCGUCCUCCAGCGAGGGGGGGGGGGAGAUAUGUUUACUUUUUUUCUCCCUUUCCCCUCCGACGGGACAAAGGCAACAUCAUCAACCUCGUUCUGACGAUCGACUUCGGAAUCCCGCCUCCGGAUCGCGACCAUUGGAGGAGCCACAUGGAAGCACGAGGCC